AUGUUGUUCCUCGAACCCGAGGUAGACUACUUUAGAAUGCAGCUGCAUCAGCUUGCAUUACCGCAGGAGGUGUGCCAACUGGGGUCAACCAAGAAGUCGUGCAGCUUGGGCGUGUCUGCAGAUGCAGAACCCACCCCUGCAAUGCCAGCGUUGGGCAAGCAGAACGAAUCAUCGGGUGCUUACGUCUCGGUGGAGGAACAGGCAGAUGUACUGCAUCGCGCACUGCUGACGGCGCUGCAUCAGCGCUUUCCCUACGAACACCUUGACACGCUCGAACAUGUCUACCUCCUUGUCAUCACCCACCUUUCAUCUCCGCCCCUUCCAAGCACGACACUGAGCUGCGAGGAGCUUGCGUCAUUGCAGGGAACGCAGAGCUUUCUUCCACCAGAGCUGCGUUUCCGGACAUUUCCAUCGCACCUCAAUGCCUUGCUGUCAUCAAAUACGUCUUCUAGUGGUUUUGCAGCGCGCAAAGACGGCGUAGAAGAGCCACAAGGAGAGGGAGAGAAGAGUGGAAAAAAACCGGCAGAUUCUUUGACCGAUCUUCACUACAACGACACUUACUUUAUUUUGUUGCCUGAACUUACGAGGGAGCAGCAGCAGUUGUAUUGUCAACGACAAAGUGACACCAACAGGACGAGUUACAGAAGUACCGAUCUUGGUGGAUUUUUGCAGUCUGACACCGCUACAUCAGAGACCUGCGCAUGGGAGCACGCAACUCCGUCUAUUGGAGAAGAGUUUGUGCGUCUAGGUAAAGACAUGACGGGUUUUCGUGUUUUGGAUGGUACUAUGAUUUACAACGUGGCUGCGACGCAGGGCACAGGUUCUCAUACCGCGCCGCGAUCACUGCAGUUUGCCGCAUUCAAGGUACCACUUAGCCGUUUCACGCCUGAGGAGCAACAAUACUACACGAAUAAACGAGAGGAGGCACGCUUCUGCGGUGGCGUCUCUCCCACUUUGAAUAAUUCACCGGUUUUCACUUUGUCUACCGACAAUUACAUGAAUGACACCAUGCAUGAAAUGUUGGCCUUUGAAAUGCCUGACAGGUAUUGCACGGAGAACGAUGCCACCAUGGAAAAAUUUUUCUCCAAGUGCAAUAAGAUACUGCGUUGCUACACGAUGCUGGUUGGUGCAGGCCAUACAAGUGAAAAUGAAGAAAAGGAAACGGCGGCCCACACUUCUACCACACCUAAUGUUACUGAGACUGGGGCCUCCACCAGUAACUCGUCUUCUGCGCUGGUUGCCCGUCGUCUUGUGUACUCCUUUGCCCCAUGUGACUGUUACCAUCUUGUGACUGACGAAAACAAUCCGCUCUACUACGCCAAGUCUAGUCGCGCCGCGUAUGAUGCACGCACAGUGAGCAUCACGCUUGUGUCGGACCUGACAGCUGCGCCGUGGUCGUCUCCCACCAUCUCAGUUUCGAGUCACGCCAACACAGGACCGACACACGAGGGAGCGGGUGGGACAAGCGCUGGUGGUGGUGGCGUAGAAGGGCUUGUCUGUUCCAAUCAGGUGUCACGUGCUGCGUCACCUGACCCAAUUGCUGCGGCGAAGAAAUCUGGCACUCGUGACGGCAGGAGUUCGUCGCCCCAGCCUGCAAUCCCGCGGAGAGGGAAUGGAUCCAGUGAGGCACGGGCGCCGUUACCUCAGCUUUUCUCAAAGACCGACGGAUUCCUUACUCUCACCACGUCACUCUCCUGCAACAAUGUCUCCGGUAACCCAAAACACAAGAAGGAGAGCCUUUUAGAGAAGGGCGUCCUUCUCUGUGGGAAGGAACAGGAGCAGGCCAAGGGAACCACUGCCUCUAGUGAAGUGAGCAAUACGAGUGAACAUACGCUUGGAAAGAGUGAAGUUGUCAAUCUUUUUCGCCUUCUUUCCAACUCCUCUGCUGCUCAGCAUCAACUUCGCCAUGGUGUUAUUCGACCAGUCGUUUCAAUGGCAGUGCUUGAUAGGGAGCGGCACACUCACCUCGGACUACUAAGAGGCGACAAGUCUGAGGGCGUGACGUGUCACGGGCUUCUUGACCACACGUGGUACUCGAUCCCAGUGCAGCCGCUUCCCGCGUUGCAGGAUGAUGUGCAGUGGAUGCCCAUUAUUUUUGGAAGCACAGAAUGUAUCAGUGACGUCGGAUAUCGCACCGCCAUGCAGAUUGGUUUUUUCCCAAAUAAAAGUAGCGCUACAACGCGUAAACGCUCCACUCAGCAAACGAAAAGUGGUGUUGUUCCCACCUUGCAGGACGCUAGGACAUCCCUUACGGCAGGUCAAGGAGAAAAAAGUGCGUUGGCACCCCGAUACCCUAAUGUGUUGCCAACCGAACAAAAUAUUAAGGGAUCUACUGAAACUGCGUCGUCAUCGGUGGCGAAUAAUACAACACACUGUGAAAAUGAAGAUAUACACGAAGGCGCGACUGCUCGACGGGGCGGAGUGGCGAUGACUUUUGGCAACGAUGAGCAGCCGGCAAGCGUGACUGCUCGACGGGGCGGAAUGGCGAUGACUUUUGGCAACGAUGAGCAGCCGGCAAACGUGACUGCUCGACGGGCGGAGUGGCGAUGA